AAGUAGCUCCGCCCAAGGCAAGGGAGCCACCGAGUCCUCCGCUUUCCCAGCAGCCAGUGCAGCCCCCCCCCCCCCGCUCGGGUGACAAAGGACUGGGAGCCCUGUCAGUUGUCGCCUCUGCCGCUGCCGUCGCUCAAGGAGGGGGAGGGACCGAGCCCGAGGAGCCGUUGCUGUCCGAGGAUUGCAAACAUGCUUUGGAGUUUUUAAACUAAGUCAAAGAGAGAAAUCCAGACUAGAUCGGAGACUGUAAGAAGAGGAGUGACAAGGGAGAUUCAGUGCCAAUGCAGCAACAAAGAAGGCAACCAGAAUUAGUGGAAGGAAAUCUUCCUGUUUUUGUAUUUCCUACCGAGCUGAUAUUUUAUGCAGAUGACCAGUCAACACACAAGCAGGUGUUGACCCUGUAUAAUCCCUAUGAAUUUGCCCUAAAGUUCAAAGUUUUAUGCACUACUCCCAAUAAGUAUGUUGUCGUUGAUGCUGCCGGGGCAGUGAAGCCUCAAUGCUGUGUGGAUAUCGUUAUUCGUCACAGAGAUGUUCGGUCCUGCCACUAUGACGUAAUAGACAAAUUCCGUCUCCAAGUUUCUGAGCAAAGUCAAAGAAAGGCUUUAGGACGGAAGGAGAUUAUCGCUACCCUUCUUCCAUCUGCCAAAGAACAACGAAAGGAAGUGGAGGAAAAAAGGAUAAAGGAGCACUUAACAGAAAGUGUCUUUUUAGAGCAGAUGCUCUGUCAAACAGGAAUUCAUGGGUCCCCAUCCAUUUAUCCAUUUGAGAAAGUUGAAAGGCAACCUUGGAGUCAGGAAGACCUGGGUUCAAGCCCCACUUCUGAUGCCCACUGCAGUGUGGCUGUAGAAAAUAGGACUGCCUCAUCAGGACCUAGUUUAUUGACUGUUUUCCUGGGAAUCGUGUGCGUUGCAGCUCUGAUGCUCCCUACCUUGGGAGAAGUGGAAUCUCUUGUGCCUCUCUACUUCCACUUAAGCGUGAACCAGAAAUUAGUAGCUGCUUAUGUUUUGGGUCUCAUCACAAUGGUUAUACUUAGAAUAUGAAGAAGGAUGAAAAUCGACCUGGGAAAUAACUUUCCUUUCCUCACAUCCUGAUUGUGGACUGCCUUCGAUUCUCAUUUGGCUCAUUAAUAUGUGACACAAACCUAUCAGUGAUCGAUUAUAAUUGCAAAAGUGUAAUAUCUCUCUAUCUCGAUCUUUGUUUCUAUUGAGAUAAAGAUCAAGGCCUAUCUGUAAAAAUUGAUGUAAAACUUGUAUUGGAAGGACGCCGACACAUUUCUGCUCAUCAUGUUAUAAAGAUCUGUGGUGGUUUUGUUGAGUGACUCCUGUGAAAUGAAUUGAAGAAACUUGUCUUUUUAUAUCAAUACCUUGUGUAAAAGGCUUUUAUUAAAGUGAUGUCUGUUAUUUGAUUAUCUUUCUCUAAUUUGAUUGUUAAGGUACCGUUUGCCCUCGGGGUUAGAGGAUUAAAAGGCUAAAUUGAUGGAAAUGCAAACUCCAGCAGAAUACUUGGGUUUUUCUCUGGCUGGAAGCUUUAAAGUUAAUGCCCAAGAACCUCUGCCCUCCCCAAGUUUCCAAAAGUGGAAUUUAAGUUAAGAUUAUGUUAAGACUAAGAAAUACAAUCCCCAGUCUCUGGGAAUCCCAGAUGUCCGAGGAUCUCGCCGAACCCCCAAGGCUUCAGCUAGUGAGCUAGCCCGCCAGCCAGUUGGAUGGCCAGCCUGAAAGCCUCUAAGGUUUUAUCAGAACAGGCAAGCCUGUGGGCUGGCGGGAUGAGGUGGUCCCCGAGGCCUUUCUCUUUGGCCUACCGGGCAUCCCAGGAGGCAGCCAGGUGUUGGGCCAGCCUUGUGGUCCACCCUGCCUCCUAAGCUUCCCUUUCUCUUUCCAAUGCUUUAUGUUAGUAGGCAGCAUCAUGACCACGGCAUCCUGCUAGCCUUUGUCCCUCCUAAGGGCAAGCCCAAACUGGGCUUAGCAGAUGCUGGACUGUUUGUUUGGGCUGGCCAUGGAUUACUUACCCUAAAGCCAGCUGUGGAGACUGUUCCAUUUCUGUCAGGUAUUUUCUAGUAGUCGGCAAACAGUUGACGCCAGAUUUGGAACACGUCCGUUUGGUAAGGGUCUUUUGUUCUUCAAUAAGAAGUCUUCCGGGCCUUUUUACAGACCAUGAGCAUGCCUUGCCACGGUAAUAUGUUCAUUGAGUACGUGAGCAUAAGUCUAAACAUAGCUAAUGGGGAUUUUUGUAGGAAACGGAACUUGGCUUCUAAAAAGCUUUUAUGUAUAAUCUUUCAGAGGCCCAUUCGGGGGUCUAGUUUCUAGGAUAUGUUGUUUGAAUCCAUAGCACCAAUGGUAUCGCGUCUGGGAAAAAGACACGGACGUAAUUGUGGUGUUGUGGCCGAAAGGCUGGCCCUGGAGUCGGGGAGAUCUGAAUUUGAAUCUAGCCUCUUCCAUGUCCUAGCCUAGCUGUGUGACCUUGGGCAAGUCACUUAACCUCUCUGAGCCUCAGUUUCCUCAUCUGUAAAAUGGGGAUAAUAAUCAUACCUACCUCACAGGGUUGUUGUGAGGAUCAAACGCGAUAAUGGAUGUAAAACGUUUGCAAAGCAUUGUAUGACUGUCAGUUAUUAUUUUCUGCUCUGAACUUUGUAGAGAAUCUGGAAAUGAUUCUGAUUUCUCUGCCCAUCUCAAGUCACCACUCACUCAAAUGUGGGUGAAAAGGCAUAUGUGGAGGAGAGAAAUUAUUUAAAGACAAAAAUAAACCAUAUCUGAAUUUUACAUUUAAA